ACUAGCCCUCCCAUCCUUUCUAUCCUGUUUCCACCUACACCCAGCGACUUGACUGACUAUUUAAAGGCCCUACUCUCACAUUUCAAGUCAGUGUCUUGCCGACAACAGUUUAGGAAACAGCAAGCCUAAGAAGAGAACCUUGUCGAGCAAAUCGACUCAAACGACGCAAAAGGUUGCUAAUUCCAGACAAACAGCCAUGAGGGCUUUGGCUAUCGUUCCACUUUUGGUUGCCACCGUUUUGGCGGCGCCACAAUACGGGCAACCACCAGCAGCAGGUGAGACUGUCUCCAUCACCAAGGAACAGUGGGCCUCUCUGAACCCAUAUGGAUCUGCUUCUUCUUAUCCGGCUGCCGAACGCCCGCAGAUUGAAGAAAUCCAAAAGCAAUGGGAACGUUUCUAUGAAUACCUUCCAUGGUUGAGAGGACCUGCUGGCCCACCAGGCCCACCAGGAGCUCCAGGAUCCGAUGGAUCGUCUGGUGGUGGUGGUGGCUACGGCAGUUCUAGCUACGCUCAACCUCAGGUCAUUCCAGGCCCACCAGGCCCACCUGGUCCACCAGGACCCCCUGGAUACAAGGGAGAUGCUGGUGCUCCAGGAACCCCUGGCUACGCAGGAGGACCCGGACCACAAGGACCAGCUGGAAAGCCCGGAGCACCAGGCUACCCCGGAGAAAAGGGAGCACCAGGCUACAACGGCGCACCCGGAGCUCCUGGUAAACCAGGUUACAACGGCGAAAAGGGAGCUCCUGGUUACAAUGGCGCACCUGGUCUACCCGGUGGUCCCGGUCUCCCUGGCAAAGACGGAUACAAUGGAGCUCCAGGACCUGCUGGACCUAAAGGUGAAGCUGGCCCACCAGGCUACACUAUCCCAUCCAAGAUCCCCGGCCCUCCCGGCCCACCUGGCUACCCUGGUAAAGACGGUGCUCCAGGCUACCCUGGCGGUCCUGGCCCUGUUGGUCCCGUUGGCCCUGCUGGACUUCAAGGACCUCCUGGCAAACCUGGUACAAAUGGCUACCCUGGUGGACCCGGACCUAAAGGUGACGCUGGAACACCUGGCUACGCUGGAGCCCCUGGCAAGGACGGAUAUCCUGGUGCACCUAGCAAGAUUCCUGGUCCUCCUGGACCCCUCGGACCUGCUGGCCCCCCUGGCUACAAUGGCGCUCCUGGCAAAGAUGGUCUCCCCGGCGGCCCUGGUUAUCCAGGCAAAGACGGCAAACCCGGAGCUCCUGGAUACACUGGUGCACCAGGUCAACCAGGGAAACCCGGUAAAGAUGGUCUCCCCGGCCCAGCUGGAACUCCUGGAUACCCUGGCGGCCCAGGCCCCGUUGGACCUCAAGGUAAACCCGGCGCUCCUGGAUACCCUGGUGGCCCAGGACCUGUUGGACCCGUAGGCCCACUUGGCCCAGUUGGACCUCAAGGUAAACCCGGUGCUCCUGGUUACCCUGGUGGCCCAGGACCAGUUGGACCUCUUGGACCUGUUGGCCCAGUAGGACCCCAAGGAAAGCCAGGUACUCCUGGUUAUCCAGGACCUGCCGGACCUGCUGGACCAGCUGGUUCUCCCGGACAGAGCUACGAAGCUCCGGCUCAGGUUUACCAACCACCAGCCCCAGUCUAUCAGCAACCAGCGCCCGUUUACCAAGCGCCCGCUCCGGUCUACCAGACCCCAUCCAUUUCUCAGCCCACUUACGACCCCCCCGCACCUAGCUACGGUUAAGAAAUCACCCCCCAUCAUUCGCUGAGAAAAGUUUAUUCAAAAGUUUUAUUACCUCUUUGACUCAUAUUUCAUUCCCAAUUCACUUUAAGAAGUCUUGGUUGCAACCUCUAUUUGAAUAUUGGCUACCGCCGUGAUUUCGUACAAGGUGUAAAUAAAUCAUAAUAAUAAUA